AAGUACACGCCCUAUUCGCUAUACGCAUUUCUAGCAGCAUUGAGUUGCGAGGUAAAGACUCGUGUCUCCAAGAUGAUACCACCAUAAUCCAUGUCUCUGUUGAGAUCUGUUGAGUUGGGAAACGUAAAUUCCAGACUACGAAAUCUUGUCCAUAAAUCUCUCCCCGGAGCUCUAGAGUCCAGACUAGCCCAAUAUAUGACGCCGAACUGGAGUGUUUCAAAUUCAAGACACAGUGAGCUGGUAAUGCCUUGACUAUUGAUCUGCUGUGAAGUGAAACUUUUGAUGGAAAAUGGCAUCAGUCAACCGGGACCAGCAACCACUCAACUUGGCUUCAAGAAUGGAUUGGCCUAAUCCAGUGAGUCUUGAUGACAUGAAAGGAAUAUUUGCUUCUCAAAAUGUUGAUCUGGAUGCUAGAGACGAACGUGGUUGGUCGCCUCUGAUGAUCGCUUGUGCUAAAGAUAAGAAGGAAAUGGUCCAGUUCCUCCUUGAUCAUGGAGCUGACCCCAAUGCAAAGGGCUCUGAAGACGGAAACACACCAAUGCACUGUGCUUCCGUAGGCGUCUUCUGUACAGAUCUUCCAAGUUUAGGUCAGUUUUCCCUUCAAGACUCGGGCAGGCAGUCAAGUAAGGAGAUUCUCAGACUUCUCAUCAAUCAUGGCGCAACACUGACCUGUAACUUGAAUGGACUCGAUCCUCCUUGCAUCGCAGCAAUUUACAACUUCCAAGACAUCGUUGAAUUCUUUGUCCAGGGAAAACCCCAUGAAUUGCAAUUGUCCAAUGCAGAAAAGGCAAGAGUUUAUGAAAUUCUUGGAGUGGCAGUGGGCCUUAAUGCUCACUUCAAAGUACCUGCUUGCACAGGUGAGGAACACCCAUGUACACAUUUCUGCAGAGCUCGGUCUAUUCACAAGGAAAAUGGUAUUGAACCCUACGGGAAUCUUGGAAAGUCUGAAGUAGCUGCUUCUUUCAGUCUUUUCUCAGAAACAAAGGAAUGUAAAACUCAAGAAGACUGGGAAAACAUCAAGUCAGAUAAGUGGUCUUUAAAGAACCAGUGCUUCUUGGUUGCAGAAAGAGUGCUCCCAAAAGAAAUGAAAGAUAUCUACAUCUUUCAAAGAGUUUUCCAGCAUGGGCUUGAUGGCGUGAUGUUUCACAAGGGAAAGAUCCAGGAAACACUGUCACAAGGCUCUCAGAUCUGUAGAGAAUUAAUACAGUUGGAGCUGGAAUCAAAACUUGAGAUUGGCUCAGUCCUUGUAAAGAUAGCGAAUGGUAUCCUUUACGAAAAACUUGAAGAUGAAGUAGUUGAUGAGUGUUACAAGUUGCUAGAUGUUUGUCUGCAGGUGUUUAGUAAAGACUCCCAGGACCGUCUACUUGAACUCAACUUGGAUUUGGUGGAUGAAGUUGGCGUUUUGUUGUCCGAUAUUGCUAACCGUGACUGUGCCAUGUCAAAGAAAAUGUUUGAACCACUGCUUCAGUUUGGUGAAGGAAUGGUAAGAGUUGUUAGAAUGCAGUUUGGUGAAAAAUCUUGUGUAGCAAUCUCUCAUUAUAUCUUGCAAAACAUUUAUGGAUUGUAUUGUAGUUCUUCCGAAGACAGGGGGAAAAAGGAAGAGUACCGUCGAAAGCAAGUGAAAGAGAAUCGUAUGAGGCGCUUGAUCUUAAGGUUGAUGCAAUGGGAAGACGCAGCUCAAAUUGACAGUGAAGGAAACUCAAUGUUGCAUUCGUUACUCUUUCUUGCUCACCAUACCAAACAGCAGUUCACAAAGGAAAUUGCUCUGGUCCUUAUCCGCAAUGGGUGUGAUAUUGAAGCGCGAGAUGCUGAUGGUUUGACAGUGAAAGAGAAUAUCUGUAACAGUAGACGUUUUGAUCCAGAUGCACCAGAAAAUGAAGAGCUAAUGACUCUGCUAUCCCCACCAAGAACAACGUUACCUCUACAAGAAAUAGCAGCAAGAACAAUCCUUCGCUGCAAGAUCCCGCAUGAGGGCAUAGUACCAAGACAUCUGUCUGUUCUUCUUACAGGGGAAGUUGAAUACUCAGACUCAGAACUCUAUCUAUCUCCUAGUGACUGUGGGUCAAGUGCAAGUGAGUAAGUAGAAUACUCAGACUCGGAACUCUAUCUAUCUCCUAGUGACUGUGAGUCAAGUGAAAGUGAGUAAGAGUAAGUAGAAUACUCAGACUCAGAACUCUAUCUAUCUCCUAGUGACUGUGAGUCAAGUUCAAGUGAGUAAGUAGAAUACUCAGACUCAGAAUUCUAUCUCCUAGUGACUGUGAGUCAAGUGCAAGUGAGUAAGUUGAAUUGGGUUAUUCCAGUCCUGAUGUUACUGAUAGUGUAUCUGAUGGUGUAAUGUCUGAUUGACAAGAUAUUCCCUUGCCUGGGCCCCCAUCUCAUGAUGUACGGUAUAAAAACGCCUGGACACUCGUACAUGUAACACACUUGCCCUCCAGUACCAUUACCAGACCCAGAAAACAAAUAGGUGAUCGGGCUUUUAAAGUUAUUGCCCCAAAAGUCCAAAACCCUGAACUCCUAAUACCUUGUUCUAAUGAUUUGCCCUACUAUUGCUGCUUUCAAUGCGUGUCUUCAAACACAUAUUUUCUAUUUUCUUUUAACAUUCUUCUUUGUUCUUUAUCAAUGUUUGCUUUGUAUAAUAAUGUUCUUUUGCUUUGUAUGAAUUUGAAUUUUAUUAGUAAACUUCAUUCAUAUACAUGAACAUUUUGUUUCACAAGACAUGUAUAACAAAUUAUAUCAACAAGAACAUCAACAAGUGGUAUAGUUUCUCGAGUAAUCACAAAUUAACAAUAAACAUUGUAGCUUGUAUAUACAUGUACAUGUACAGUAGUAAAUAAUAUUAUAACAAAUACUUAUAUGGCACGUACCAGCCUAAGUUUGACAAAAAAGAUUCAAACAAAAGGGAAUGAAAAUUUCCUAAUUGAAGUGGGAUGUUAAAAUUCCCUUGCAAGUUCUUUGGUUUGAAGGUAUUUUUUCCGGACAUCUAUGUCUUCCAGUUUCUAUCGGUAGGUUAUAUGUGACCUAAUUCUAAAUCGGCAGAUAUUUGUUUGUAGUCCACGGUUAAUAAAUAUUUCUCUGUUUGUAUACUCUGCUUAAAUAGAUUAUAUGUUCUCAAGUUAUUUUGUUAAUUUCCAUUUACACAAUCACUUCAUAAAUCCAUCAAGAACUGGCGGUGGUAAAAGUCUUCCAUUUUGGCUUCUAUUUCUUCUCCCACUACUCUAUCACUAUCGGUAAUUUGUCUGUAAUUAUUUUCUUUUCAUGCGCUUUGUAUUUUAUGAAAAGGCACUUUAUAAAUGAAGUUGAACAUUCUAAUAACUCUUACACUGUAUUGUAUUAUUAUGGUACUACUUUGUGAUAUCAUUUUGUGUAUUAACCAUAAAGAUAAACCAAGUCUGUUUUCUGUAAUAAAAUUAUACUUGUAGACUGGACGCU